AUGGCUCGCAUCUGGUUCGUCACCGGCUCUUCCAAAGGCCUCGGUCUCGCCAUCGUCGAAGCCGCCCUCGCAGACGGCGACAACGUCGUCGCUACUGCCCGCAGUCCAUCUACAGUCAACCAUCUCCUUGAAAAGUAUGGCCCGGAUCGCAUCCUUCCACUGGCUCUCGACGUCUCCAAAAACGACCAGGUGGAGAGCGCCGUCAAGGCCGCCUUGGACAAGUUUGGCCGCAUCGACGUCGUCGUCAACAAUGCUGGCUACGCCAUCCCUCGAGCGCUCGAAGACACGUCCAUCGAGCUCUAUCGAGAUCAGAUCGAUACCAACUUUCUCGGCACCGUAUACGUGACAAAGGCCGUAACACCAAUCAUGCGGAAGCAGCAGUCCGGCCGCAUCCUGCAGGUCUCUUCCGUGGGCGGCAGACUGGCGACUCCUGGACUGUCGGCGUAUCAAGCUGCCAAAUGGGCCGUCGGAGGCUUCACCGGCGUCGUGGCCAAGGAGCUGGCGCCGUUCGGCAUCAAGAUGACUGUGCUGGAGCCCGGCGGCAUGAAGACGGACUGGGCUGGCUUCUCAGAAGACGGGUUCGUCAUCAGCGAGCCGUACCAGCAGACUGUGGGGGCUUUUCAAAAGAUCCGCGAGCAGUACAGCCAGUUCCGCUCGGACCCGAAGAAGGUGGCGGAUGUAAUUGUCAAGAUCUCCAAGGUGGACGAUCCGCCGCUGAAGCUGCUGCUGGGCCCUGAGACGGUGGAUUUGGUGAAGCAGGCUGCGGCUGAGCUUGCGGCGUCGGAUGAGAAGUGGAGAGAUGCGACUCUUUUGAAGAUCUGA